AUGGUUUAUCUGAAUGUGUUUAUUGUGCACGAUAUCCAGGACCCGCUGGUGAAGGUUUACUACAACAUCAGUGGAGAGGACCUGGAGGAUGAGGGAAUUGUGCAAACAUUCAACAUCAGCACCAAAGACUUGUCUUCUACAUCUUCUGUAUUCGUCACCAUGUGGGCAGUAAACGGUGUGGGCCUCAAGAGCAGCCCCCUCCAUUCCGAGCUGGUUCUGGGAGAAGGAGGCGAGCUAGAGUUGGUGAGACGUUGCAGCUCCUACAACUGUGAGGGACACUGUGUCUGUGCUGCCCAGGACAGGACAUGUGGCAGUAGUCAAGGGUGCAGAAUUUUGGACAAUGGCAUGGGGAAUUCUUCACUGACAGUCAUAGACACCACUGAUCUGAAAUCCCUUGAAUCUCCUGUGUUGGGGAAUGACGUGGACUUCUCUCCCUUUGACUCAUUCCUUGCAGCAUCAUGGACGGUAACCAACACAAAGUCCACACAACCCGUGAGGUACGAGUUCAGUGCCGGACAUUCAAGUGGGACAUACCCGACAGGAAUAUAUACGGAAAGUAUCGAACGAGUGUGGUUUGAUGCAGGACCUUUAAUGUCUGCAGUCAUAACUCUACCCAAAGGGCGUGAGCUGACACCAAGACUCAGCUACAGUGUAUUUGUGCGGACAUGGUAUGACGAGAACACAUACAACAUCUACAAAUCCGAUGGCGUCAUCAUUGAUAUAUCAGCACCAAGAACAACUUCACUGCAAGGAAUAGCGGUGAAAGAACACAUGGAAUCUGGAGACAGGAAAGACAUCGACUACCAACAUCGCGUAGAUAGGAUAUACCUGAGCUGGAAGAAUGUACUGAUGGACACACAGACAGGACUCCUGAAAUACAGGGCUUACACAAGUACUUCACCUGGCGGUUACAGCAUACAUGCGUCGUCUGACAUGACUGCCACGAACUGUACAGUGUCUGGGUUGUCUCUGGAAUCGGGAACAAUGUACUACUCCAAUAUCCUUGCAUAUAACAAAGCAGGACUGGUUGCCUGGGCAUUCUCAGAUGGGGUGCAGAUUGAUGUCACGGCACCAGUAGCAGGGACUGUAGAAGAUGGAGACGGGUCCGGUGAUGUUGACUACCAGUCCUACCAGACACGGGUAUCUGCCUCCUGGUUUGGGUUUGCUGACAAGGAUUCCACAAUCAGCAAGUAUUUCUGGUGUGUUGGUUCAACUAAUGAUACAUCUGGAUGCAGCAUCGUGGAUUGGCAGGAUGUGGGGCUACACACAUCAGCAAGGGCACGCCUGGAGUCACCACUUGUUGAUGGAAUACAAAUAUGGACGAAGGUUUAUGCAGUAGACGUUGUUGGCCACACAUCUACAGUGGUUGUAUCAGAUGGGGUCAUCAUUGAUUCAUCGCCACCUGAAGUUAAGGACAUUGCCUAUCUAGGGGAAAAUCUGGUGUCCAAUCCCUCCUUUGAGGAAAGCACUAGCCAAUCCACUGACUGUCAUCCUGAACUACCUUCAUGGAAGGCUGGGAGGCACUCCUGCAUCAAGCUACUGACACCUGGUGGUCACCAUGCCACACACGGGAUAACAAUAGUUUAUGUACGAGGCAGCAUACAGCAGAAUGUCAUGAACCUUGACGUUGGCAGAAGAUAUAAAGCCACCAUCCAUGUUGGGUAUCCUUUGGACAUUACUGUCAACCAGAAAGUAGUAGAAGGUUUCAUAUCGUUUGGGAAUGACGUCUUUACCUUCAGCCUCGAUCCACACCUAUGUGUAGACUCGUGUUAUGGUACAGAUGGACGAGUCAUUCUGUGGAGCCAGUAUAGCUUCAGUUUCCUGGCACAGAACGCCACAACACCGCUGAAGAUUGGGACGUCUUCAAUCAGCAUGGAAAUGGCCCUGGAUCACGUGUUGUUGCAAAGAGUGGAUCAUGUAGGGAAUGCAGAUACUCUGGAAACAGAAAGUAACAUCAAGAUUCAAGCUGUCUUCCGGAAACACUGGUCAUCAGUCCAUGUAUCUUGGCACUUUCAUGAUGGAGAGUCUCCACUUGUAGAAUACACAAUGGCUGCGGGUACUGUCCCCGGAGGAACUCAGGUGCAGGGCUUUAAGAGUGUUGGUCGACACGCACAUGGAACUCUGUCCGGUCUGAGACUGUCCCACAAACAGAAACUGUUCCUGACCAUCACUGCCAGGAAUGCUGCUGGUCUCACAACCGUCUCCCGCCCUGAGCCCAUCACUAUCGACAUGACCCCCGCCGGUGUUCUCUCACAUCAAUGA